AAAGAAAAUGAAAAGGAAGAAAAACUGCAUGAACCAUCGAAGAAAUUGGAGGAAAGCUUAAGUAAUGCUUCUAAUACUAUAGAAUUGACAAUGAAAUGUAAACUUUGUAAAGAAAUCCAUAGCUCUAAAUCAGCAUUAGAAAAGCACAUGAUCAGUGUACAUAAUACCAAAUUGGGCCGUAAAAGAUUUGGAUGUAAACUUUGUACUCAAUCUUUUGAUACAACGUCUAUUUUGAUCAAACAUAUCGAAUCGCACAAAGAGGAAAGAAAAAAAAGUGAAGAAAAAGGAAAGACAGAAACAGUCCAAACAAAUAAAAGAGAAGGAAAAGGAAAGACAGAAACAUUAGAAACAAAAACAAGAGAACAAAAAGGAAAGACAGAAACAAUAGAAACAAAAAUAAGAGAACAAAAAAGAAAGACAGAAACAAAAGAAACAUAAACAAGAGAAGAAAAAGGAAAGACAGAAACAGUGAAAAUAAAAACAAGAGAACAAAAGGGAGAGACAGAAACAAAAAUAAGAGAACAUAAAGGAAAGACAGAAACAAAAAUAAGAGAACAUAAAGGAAAGAUAGAAACAGUAGAAUCUAAAAUAAGGAGAAAAAAAUUGGCAAUAAGUCAUGUAAGUUACAAAAAGCAAGGAACAACCAAAAUCACAGAUGACAUCAUAAAUUUCUAUCUGAAGAUGACUUGAACAGUGAAACAAGCUCAGUUAUCAUGACUCCGACAUUUCCCAUGGAAAAUACCGAUGUAAACAAAAACUCUGAAAGAGAUGUUUAUAGAAAAAGUAAAAGAAUGGAGGAAAGGAAAAAGAGCGAAGAGUCAGUAGUCGUGCCGAUUGAUCCAUCCCAGAUCAAGACAGAACAUCCUGACAUCUUCGACAUUGACUCCUUGGUCCAUACUAUUGAUAGGAACUCUGAGAUUUGUCCAAGGAAGUUCAAUAGGUCGUACAGAGACAUUGAAACAGAAAUGAUUAUGACAGAAAUUACUGGAUCCCAGACUGGUUCCCCAGUUCAAAAAGAAACAGUUGUCAACAUUAAAAAGGAGCCUAAUAGUUCACCUAUCAAAGGUUUGAUGCAAAUGGCAAUGCAAAAAGGUUUAGAAGAUAGUGACCAGUGGGGCAAUUUCAGUGAAUUUGAUAUUGAUAGUGUUGUUAAUGUUGUCAAUAGAAGAGACGAGGGGAGACAACUGGCAGAUUGUCAUGUAAAUAUUGUGAAAGUAGAAGACCAGGGGAGGCAACUGGCUGAUUGUCAUGUAAAUAUUGUGAAAAUAGAAGACCAAGGAAGGCAACUUGAAGAUGGCAUUGUAAAUUUUGUGAAUAGAGAAAACCAUGGGAGAGAACUAGAAGAUAGUAAUAUCACUAUUGUGAAAGAAGAAAUACAGGGGAGGCAACUAGAGGAAGAGGAAUAUUUACAGAUGGAUGAUAUUGAAGCUCUUGUUCAUUAUACAAAUAGAAAAUCGCAUUCAGUCAGUCCUUCGAAGAACAAUGCUUCUCAACAGCCAUCAUUGUCAGCUAAACCUAAAACAAUUGUUGGCCUGCGACUGACAGAUGACAACAAAGGAAGUAAAUCUCCAAAUAAAAAGGGAGAUUACUCUUUAUCAUUAUCACCACAAAUGAAAAAGAACUAUAAAUUAAAAGACUGUUCUGUGGUUUUGGACACCGAUAAAGACAUUCAGUCUAAACUGCUGAAUUAACAGAAAAAUGCAGAGUCUGGAAAGGAAGACAUGAACAGUAGUGUACAUGUUUAAAGAGAAGUGGAGACAUUUCUUAUUUUAAGAAUGUUGCAAAGAAACCCAAAAUUGGUCCAAAAUGCAUGAAAAGACAAGACAAAGAUGAAGUAAAAGAUCACAAAAAGUCUAAAUAUGUUAUUGACCACAAAGCCAAAGUUUUGAAACUGAAUUUAUCAAGGUUGGAUAAAAAUCUGGAAGCAAAUGAGACUGAUAAAGAGAUUGAAAAAGAAGUGACAAAAAAGUUAGAAAUUGAAAAUGAAAGGAGAAAGGAGAAAUCUCGUCCUAAACAUGAGGAAAAAUCUGAAAGUGAAAGUAAACCGACAAAAAUUUCACUAGAGAAUAAAGAAAAAGAAAGAUAAAAAAAUGAGAGUCGACAUAAAAAAUCUUCUACAGAUGGAAAUAGAAAAUAGGACAAAAAACAUGAAAAUGACAGUCAGGAAUAUUCAGACAAACAUAAACAUUCUGAAAAACAUAAACAUCCGCAUUCAGGAAAGCAUACACAUGGAAUUUCAGAAAAACCUAAACAUGGACAAUCAGAGAAGCAUAAACCUGGGAAUGCAGAAAAGCAUAAACAUGGAUAUUCAGAAAAAUCUGAACAUGGAUAUUCAGAAAAAUCUAAACAUGGACAAUCAGAUAAGCAUAAACAUGGAAAUUCAGAAAAGCAUAAAGAAGUCAAAGGAGAAAAUUCUGAAAAGUACAAGAAUUUUCCUGAUAAAAGUGGUUCCAAAAAAGGAGAUGAUGACAAGCAAAUGAAAUCAUCAAAAAAUGUAAAGAGGAAAGCAAAUGAGACUGAUAAAGAGAUUGACAAAGAAGUGACAAAAAAGUUAGAAAUUGAAAAUGAAAGGAGAAAGGAGAAAUCUCGUCCUAUAAACAUAAGGAAAAAUCUGAAAGUGAAAGUAAACCGACAAAAAUUUCAGUAGAGAAUAAAGAAAAGGAAAGAUCAGAUAAUGAGAGUCGACAUAUAAAAUCUUCUACAGAUGGAAAUAGAAAACAGGACAGAAAACAUGAAAAUGACAGUCGGGAAUAUUCAGACAAACAUAAACAUUCAGAAAAACCUAAACAUCCGCAUUCAGGAAAGCAUACGCAUGGAAUUUCAGAAAAACCUAAACAUGGACAAUCAGAGAAGCAUAAACCUGGGAAUUCAGAAAAGCAUAAACAUGGAUAUUCAGAAAAAUCUGAACAUGGAUAUUCAGAAAAAUCUUAACAUGGACAAUCAAAUAAGCAUAAACAUGGAAAUUCAGAAAAGCAUAAAGAAGUCAAAGGAGAAAAUUCUGAAAAGUACAAGAAUUUUCCUGAUAAAAGUGGUUCCAAAAAAGGAGAUGAUGACAAGCAAAUGAAGAGGAAAACAUUGCCAGUAAAAAGUCAAAGCAAGAUGACAAAACUGAAAACUGUGACAAAAAGAAAGAUUCCAUAAAAAGACCUGAGACUGAAAUGAUAUCUGUUGAGGUAAAGAAGAAAGAAAAUAAAAAGGAAGAAAAACUGCAUGAACCAUCGAAGAAAUUGGUGGAAAGCUUAUGUAAUGCUUCUAAUACUAUAGAAUUGACAAUGAAAUGUUAACUUUGUAAAGAAAUCCAUAGCUCUAAAUCAGCAUUAGAAAAGCACAUGAUCAGUGUACAUAAUACCAAAUUGGGCCGUAAAAGAUUUGGAUGUAAACUUUGUACUCAUUCUUUUGAUACAACGUCUAUUUUGAUCAAACAUAUCGAAUUGCACAAAGAGGAAAGAAAAAAAAAGUGGUGAAGUAAAAGGAAACACAGAAACCGUCCAAACAAAUAAAAGAGAAGGAAAAGGAGAGACAGAAACAGUAGAAACAUAAACAAGAGAACAAAAAGGAAAGACAGAAACAAUAGAAACAAAAAUAAGAGAACAAAAAGGAAAGACAGAAAUAAAAGAAACAAAAACAAGAGAAGAAAAAGGAAAGACAGAAACAGUGAAAAUAAAAACAAGAGAACAAAAGGGAGAGACAGAAACAAAAAUAAGAGAACAAAAAGGAAAGACAGAAACAAAAAUAAGAGAACAAAAAGGAAAGAUAGAAACAGUAGAAUCUAAAAUAAGGAGAGAAAAAUUGGCAAUAAGUCAUGUAAGUGACAAAAAGGAUGGAACAACCAAAAUCACAGAUGACAUAAAAAAUAUCUAUCUGAAGAUGACUUGAACAGUGAAACAAGCUCAGUUACUGGUAUCAUGACUCCGACAUUUCCCGUUGAAAAUACCGAUGUAAAAAAAACUCUAAAAGAGAUAUUUAUAGAAAAAGUAAAAGAAUGGAGGAAAGGAAAAAGAGUGAAGAAUCAGUAGUUGUGCCGAUUGAUCCAUCCCAGAUCAAGACAGAACAUCCUGACAUCUUCAACAUUGACUCCUUGGUCCAUACUAUUAAUAGGAACUCUGAGAUUUGUCCAAGAAAGUUCAAUAGGUCGUACAGAGACAUUGAAACAGAAAUGAUUAUGACAGAAAUUACUGGAUCCCAGACUGGUUCCCCAGUUCAAAAAGAAACAGUUGUCAACAUUAAAAAGGAGCCUAAUAGUUCACCUAUCAAAAGUUUGAUGCAAAUGGCAAUGCAAAAAGGUUUAUAAGAUAGUGACCAAUGGGGCAAUUACAGUGAAUCUGAUAUUGAUAGUGUUGUUAAUGUUGUCAAUAGUAGAGACGAGGGGAAACAACUGGCAGAUUGUCAUGUAAAUAUUGUGAAAAUUGAAGACCAGGGGAGGCAACUGGCUGAUUGUCAUGUAAAUAUUGUGAAAAUAGAAGACCAAGGAAGGCAACUUGAAGAUGGCAUUGUAAAUUUUGUGAAUAGAGAAACCAUGGGAGAGAACUAGAAGAUAGUAAUAUCACUAUUGUGAAAGAAGAAAUACAGGGGAGGCAACUAGAGGAAGAGGCAUAUUUACAGAUGGAUGAUAUUGAAGCUCUUGUUCAUUAUACAAAUAGAAAAUCGCAUUCAGUCAGUCCUUCGAAGAACAAUGCUUCUCAACAGCCAUCAUUGUCAGCUAAACCUAAAACAAUUGUUGGCCUGCGACUGACAGAUGACAACAAAGGAAGUAAAUCUCCAAAUAAAAAGGGAGAUUACUCUUUAUCAUUAUCACCAAAAAUGAAAAAGAACUAUAAAUUAAAAGACUAUUCUGUGGUUUUGGACACUGAUAAAGACAUUCAGUCUAAAUUGCUGAAUUUACAGAAAAAUGCAGAGUCUGGAAAGGAAGACAUGAACAGUAGUGUACAUGAUUUAAAGAGAAGUGGAGACAUUUCUGAUUUAAAAAAUGUUGCAAAGAAACCCAAAAUUGGUCCAAAAUGCAUGAAAAGACAAGACAAAGAUGAAGUAAAUGAUCACAAAAAGUCUAAAUUUGUUAUUGACCACAAAGCCAAAGUUUUGAAACUGAAUUUAUCAAGGUUGGAUAAAAAUCUGGAAGCAAAUGAGACUGAUAAAGAGAUUGACAAAGAAGUGACAAAAAAGUUAGAAAUUGAAAAUGAAAGUAGAAAGGAGAAAUCUCGUCCUAAACACAAGGAAAAAUCUGAAAGUGAGAGUAAACGGACAAAAAUUUCAGUAGAGAAUAAAGAAAAAGAAAGAUCAGAUAAUGAGAGUCGACAUAUAAAAUCUUCUUCAGAUGGAAAUAGAAAACAGGACAAAAAACAUGAAAAUGACAGUCGGGAAUAUUCAGACAAACAAACAUUCAGAAAAUCUAAACAUCCGCAUUCAGAAAAGCAUACGCAUGGAAUUUCAGAAAAACCUAAACAUGGACAAUCAGAGAAGCAUAAACAUGGAAAUUCAGAAAAGCAUAAACAUGGAUAUUCAGAAAAAUCUGAACAUGGAUAUUCAGAAAAAUCUAAACAUGGACAAUCAGAUAAGCAUAAACAUGGAAAUUCAGAAAAGCAUAAAGAAGUCAAAGGAGAAAAUUCUGAAAAGUACAAGAAUUUUCCUGAUAAAAGUGGUUCCAAAAAAGGAGAUGAUGACCAGCAAAUAAAAUCAUCAAAAAAUCUAAAGAGGAAAGCAAAUGAAGAGGAAAACAUUGCCAGUAAAAAGUCAAAGCACGAUGACAAAACUGAAAACUGUGAAGUAAAGAAAGAUUCCAUAAAAACACCUGAGACUAAAAUGAUAUCUGUUGAGGUAAAGAAGAAAGAAAAUAAAAAGGAAGAAAAACUGCAUGAACCAUCGAAGAAAUUGGAGGAAAGCUUAAAGUCUGGAAAGAAAGACAUGAACAGUUGUGUACAUGAUUUAAAGAGAAGUGGAGACAUUUCUGAUUUUAAAAAUGUUGCAAAGAAACCCAAAAUUGGUCCAAAAUGCAUGAAAAGACAAGACAAAGAUGAAGUAAAAGAUCACAAAAAGUCUAAAUUUGUUAUUGACCACAAAGCCAAAGUUUUGAAACUGAAUUUAUCAAGGUUGGAUAAAAAUCUGGAAGCAAAUGAGACUGAUAAAGAGAUUGACAAAGAAGUGACAAAAAAGUUAGAAAUUGAAAAUGAAAGGAGAAAGGAGAAAUCUCGUCCUAAACAUAAGGAAAAAUCUGAAAGUGAAAGUAAACCGACAAAAAUUUCAGUAGAGAAUAGAGAAAAAGAAAGAUCAGAUAAUGAGAGUCGUCAUAUAAAAUCUUCUACAGAUGGAAAUAGAAAACAGGACAGAAAACAUGAAAAUUACAGUCGGGAAUAUUCAGACAAACAUAAACAUUCAGAAAAACCUAAACAUCCGCAUUCAGAAAACCAUACGCAUGGAAUUUCAGAAAAACCUAAACAUGGACAAUCAGAGAAGCAUAAACAUGGGAAUUCAGAAAAGCAUAAACAUGGGAAUUCAGAAAAGCAUAAACAUGGAUAUUCAGAAAAAUCUAAACAUGGACAAUCAGAUAAACAUAAACAUGGAAAUUCAGAAAAGCAUAAAGAAGUCAAAGGAGAAAAUUCUAAAAAAAUUUUUAGCAGUUGUUUGGUAACUAAAACAUCACCAGAUUCAGAUGACGAACUGGAAGAUUUAGGUCUGCAGCAAUUGCCUGAAAAUACACCAAGAUAUAUCACACACUGUGAUGAUACAGAAUUUCUAUCUGAGGAUGACUUAAACAGUGAAACAAGCUCAGUUACUGUGAAUUUGAUAUUUGAUAGUGUUGUUAAUGUUGUCAAUAGAAGAGACGAGGGGAGACAACUGGCAGACUGUCAUGUAAAUAUUGUGAAAGUAGAAGACCAGGGGAGGCAACUGGCUGAUUGUCAUGUAAAUAUUGUGAAAAUAGAAGACCAAGGAAGGCAACUUGAAGAUGGCAUUGUAAAUUUUGUGAAUAGAGAAAACCAUGGGAGAGAACUAGAAGAUAGUAAUAUCACUAUUGUGAAAGAAGAAAUACAGGGGAGGCAACUAGAGGAAGAGGCAUAUUUACAGAUGGAUGAUAUUGAAGCUCUUGUUCAUUAUACAAAUAGAAAAUCGCAUUCAGUCAGUACUUCGAAGAACAAUGCUCCUCAACAGCCAUCAUUGUCAGCUAAACCUAAAACAAUUGUUGGCCUGCAACUGACAGAUGACAACAAAGGAAGUAAAUCUCCAAAUAAAAAGGGAGAUUACUCUUUAUCAUUAUCACCAAAAAUGAAAAAGAACUAUAAAUUAAAAGACUGUUCUGUGGUUUUGGACACUGAUAAAGACAUUCAGUCUAAACUGCUGAAUUUACAGAAAAAUGCAGAGUCUGGAAAGGAAGACAUGAACAGUAGUGUACAUGAUUUAAAGAGAAGUGGAGACAUUUCUGAUUUUAAAAAUGUUGCAAAGAAACCCAAAAUUGGUCCAAAAUGCAUGAAAAGACAAGACAAAGAUGAAGUAAAAGAUCACAAAAAGUCUAAAUGUGUUAUUGACCACAAAGCCAAAGUUUUGAAACUGAAUUUAUCAAGGUUGGAUAAAAAUCUGGAAGCAAAUGAGACUGAUAAAGAGAUUGACAAAGAAGUGACAAAAAAGUUAGAAAUUGAAAAUGAAAGGAGAAAGGAGAAAUCUCGUCCUAAACAAAUAGAAAAAUCUGAAAAAAAACCUAAACAUGGACAAUCAGAGAAGCAUAAACCUGGGAAUUCAGAAAAGCAUAAACAUGGAUAUUCAGAAAAAUCUAAACAUGGACAAUCAGAUAAGCAUAAACAUGGAAAUUCAGAAAAGCAUAAAGAAGUCAAAGGAGAAAAUUCUGAAAAGUACAAGAAUUUUCCUGAUAAAAGUGGUUCCAAAAAAGGAGAUGAUGACAAGCAAAUAAAAUCAUCAAAAAAUCUAAAGAGGAAAGCAAAUGAAGAGGAAAACAUUGCCAGUAAAAAGUCAAAGCACAAUGACAAAACUGAAAACUGCGACAAAAAGAAAGAUUCCAUAAAAAGACCUGAGACUAAAAUGAUAUCUGUUGAGGUAAAGAAGAAAGAAAAUAAAAAGGAAAAAAAACUGCAUGAACCAUCGAAGAAAUUGGAGGGAAGCUUAAGAAGUUAA